AUGAUCCUAAAAUUUAUCAUAUUAUCGUUUUAUAUUAUAUCAAGUGUAAAUGCGCUCUGGCCUCUUCCUCAAUACUGGGAAAAAGGGUCAAAAACCCUCUUAAUCUCUUCAGAUUUUUCACUAAAACAAACUCCUGAAACUGGUUCCUUACUCAAUACCAAAACAAAAAAAAUCCUUGAAUCUGCUAAAAAACGCCUUCUAAAGUUCAUAACAUUCGAAAAUUAUACUACCUCACCAAAUGUUAAUCCUAUCGUUCCAAAAAGCAUAGACAAAUCAAACCUGCUACGUGUUCUGAUCAUUUCAGUUACUACUGAUAUUUCAGAAUUAGAAUUAGGUGUCGAUGAAUCAUAUGAGCUUACAAUUCCCGAAUCGCAAAUCGACAAUGAUCCAAUAACGGCUCAUCUUAAAGCUAAAACCAUAUUUGGUGUCCUUCAUGGCCUCAACACAUUUUCUCAACUUUACUAUUAUAAAAACUCUAAGUUAUUAUUGCCUUUCGCUCCACAUCAUAUAAAAGAUUUUCCCCGAUUUUCUCAUCGAGGUUUGUUAUUGGACACUGCAAGAAAUUAUUUUCCUGUGAAAGACAUUUUGAAGACAUUAGAUGUAAUGAGCUGGAAUAAAUUUAAUGUGUUUCAUUGGCAUAUUGUUGAUGCUACUAGUUGGCCAGUAGUUAGUGAAUCAUUUCCAGAGUUGAGUAAUAAAGGGUCUUAUGAUCCAAUAAAUAUGGUUUAUACUAAAGAUGAUAUUAAGAAGGUUAUCGAGUAUGCAUAUUUGAGAGGAAUUAGGAUUAUUCCGGAAUUUGACAUGCCAGGUCAUACACAUUCCAUCGCAGAAAGCAUGCCAGAAAUAAUGACUUGUAUAGAUGUACAACCAAAUUGGAGUAAUUUCUCCGCCGAACCACCAAGCGGCCAAUUAAAUCCUGCAUUGGAUCAAACUUAUACUUUCCUUCAUAUACUUCUUCCUGAAUUAACUUCCUACUUCACCGACAAAUAUUAUCAUGCUGGUGGAGACGAAGUAAACUUACAUUGUUGGAAUACAACUCCAUCAAUCACUGAAUACCUAAAUAAGAAUCCGAAUUCAUCACUUGAAACACUUCUCGCUAAAUUCAUUAACGAAACUCACCAAAUUGUUCGUAAUUCAGGAAAAUUGCCGAUAACGUGGCAAGAAAUGAUCGUUGAUCACAAUCUGACGUUGAAAAAUGAUACUUUGGUUCAAGUGUGGACUAAUAAAGAUGUAGUUAAGAAUGUUGUAAGUAAAGGAUAUAGAGUCGUUACAGGGAGUAGUGAUUUUUGGUAUUUAGACUGCGGGCACGGUGGAUGGCUCGGAAAUAAUACCAAUGGUAAUAGUUGGUGCGAUCCAUUUAAAACUUGGCAAAAGAUAUAUUCUUACAAUCCAAUUGAUGGAUUAACCGAUCAAGAAGCUGAAUUAGUUAUAGGAGGUGAGGUCCUAUUAUGGUCAGAACAAGCUGAUCGGACAAAUUUAGAGGUUCUCUUAUGGCCACGUUCAUCUGCAGCUGCUGAAGUAUUAUGGUCAGGACCUUAUGACACUUCUAAAAAAAUCCGAACUCCAGACAGAGAUGCAUUAGCACGGUUAACUGACUGGAGAUUUAGAAUGGUCGAGAGGGGUGUAAAUGCAGAACCAUUACAACCUUUGUGGUGCGCUCGCACAGGACGGUGUAAUAUGCCCUACUAA